UCAAUCUGAGCAAGAAAAAAAAAAGAUAAUGACGAAAUAUGGUGAGCAGAGAGAUUCUCCGGCUGUAACAGCAGAAGCAGAAGCAUCUUCUUCGACCGCUACAAAACGAUUUUGGACUCCGGGAAGAUUCGUUGCGAUCUUGUGUAUCGUGAACCUGAUCAAUUACGUGGAUCGAGGAGUGAUUGCGAGUAAUGGUGUUAACGGAAGCUCGAGGACUUGUGAUGCCAAGGGCCUUUGCUCUGCUGGCACUGGCAUUCAAGGAGAGUUUAAGUUAAGCAACUUUCAAGAUGGUCUUUUGUCUUCUGCGUUUAUGGUUGGUCUUCUUGUUGCUUCUCCAAUCUUCGCUGCACUCUCCAAAAGGUUCACUCCUUUUAAACUAAUUGGAGUGGGACUAACUGUUUGGACUCUCGCUGCUGUUGGUUGCGGCUUCUCUUACAACUUCUGGAUGAUUGCUGUUUUUCGAAUGUUUGUUGGGGUUGGUGAGGCUUCCUUCAUUAGUCUUGCAGCACCUUACAUCGAUGAUAGCGCUCCUGCUGCAAGGAAAAAUCUAUGGCUUGGACUGUUCUACAUGUGUAUACCAGCAGGAGUUGCUCUAGGCUACGUGUUUGGUGGAUAUGUUGGAAACCAUCUCGGAUGGCGUUGGGCGUUUUAUAUUGAGGCAAUCGCCAUGGCUUUCUUUGUUGUUUUGUCCUUCUGUAUCAAACCUCCACAGCUCAAAGGUUUUGCUGCUAAAGAAUCGAAGAAACCCUCUACAUCUAUUGAAACGGUCGCUCUUACACAUGCUGAAGCUUCCCAAAUCAAAACCGUAUCCCCCAAAUCCAAGAGCCAGAACCUUGUAGUCUUAUUUGGAAAAGACAUGAAGGCUCUAUUCAGCGAGAAAGUAUUUAUAGUGAACGUUCUGGGCUACAUCACCUACAACUUUGUGAUCGGAGCUUACUCAUAUUGGGGACCAAAAGCUGGUUUUGGUAUCUACCACAUGAAAAACGCAGACAUGAUUUUUGGAGGCCUUACCAUCAUCUGUGGUAUCAUUGGUACGUUAGGCGGAAGCUAUGUCCUUGAUCGCAUCAACGCUACACUCCCAAACACCUUCAAGUUACUUGCAGCAUCUACUUUAUUCGGCGCAGCGUUUUGUUUCGCUGCUUUCUGCAUGAAGAAUAUGUAUGCCUUCAUCGGUUUAUUCGCAGUGGGAGAAAUUUUAAUCUUUGCCCCACAGGCUCCGGUUAACUUUGUGUGUCUACAUUGCGUUAGACCAAACUUGAGACCACUAUCAAUGGCUUCCUCAACUGUUUUGAUCCAUAUCUUAGGCGAUGUUCCUUCUUCCCCUCUAUAUGGAAAAAUGCAGGACCGUCUCAAAAACUGGAGGACAUCAACUCUUAUAAUAACUUCAAUCCUCUUCCUCGCAGCUAUUAUAUGGGGCAUUGGGAUAUUUAUGAAUAGUGUGGACCGGUCUAAUGAAAAGAGUGACGAUGAGGUCGAGGAGGAAGAGAAAUUGGAAACCAAAGCAGACAACAACUCUGUUCCCGUCUAAAUUUUGAAGACAUUUAUCAUUCUUUCUUCCACCACAAAAUAAUUAUUUUAGAUUUUUUUCUUCCACAUUUGUUCAGUUAAACUAUAAUUCAUUUGAUUCAGUUUCUUUCUCAUUUCCUUCUUAAUUUCUUUGG